AUGACUUUUCCGAGUCGUGGGUGCCGUCCAUGCAAGCAGCGUCGUGUGAAGGUACGGCUUAAGAAAACAACAGAUUUGUCUACCGCCACGAAGAACUCUGCCAAUACUUCAAGUGGUACUGCGACAGCUGAUAUGGUACUCUUCAAAGCACAGAAGAUCUUCACACAACCAUCGCUUGAUGCGUCUCUAGAAGACCAAGCCUUGACAUAUUACACACGGUGUUAUGUCGAGGGGCCUCAGGACGUUCUUGAAAUAAUGGAUGGACACACCAAAGUCGUCCCUACAAGCCAAUGUUACUCUGACCCUUCUUCAGUCUUGAGCCUGGCGAUAUCUGCGGUCGCACACGCCACAUUCGCACGCGCUCAAAGAAGUCAAUUCUCCCUAGCCAAAGGAUAUCAGAGCUACUCAAAAGCGUUGUGUAAGACCAACCUAGCAUUGAAAGACCCCAACGAGUCAAAACUGGACGAUGUCCUUCUCGCUGCGAUGCUGUUGAGCUUCUAUGAGAACUCCGUCGUUGGCACAACGCCGGAACCUUCGAAAAGAGGUAUUGGAAAGAUAGCUUCGCGAAGUUUUGCUCACCACGACGGCGCAAUGGCUAUGCUCAACCUACGACGACAACAGCCUAGGCGGCAAGAAAAUAGUGUCGAGCUCGACAAGCUCGUGCGGCGCCAGCUAGUCAGAUCGUUACUGCUAAGAAGUAUGCCAGUACCGCCGUGGCUUCGCGACGGCGCAAAAUACGGAGAGAUUGGCUCUUCUCUCGAACUAGACCGCUGCAUGGUAGAGACCGCCAGACUGAAACACAGAUUCAACACUGCCUUAGUGGAGUCCUUCAUGCCCGGGAUGGCAUUCAGCAAGGAGCACUUUCGUAAAUGCCGCUCUUUGCUUACCGAAGGUCAAGCUCUGGAAGCAUCUUUAGCUUCAUGGGCCGAUCGUAUGUCGAGCGAAAGCUGUUACAGCACCCUUUCAGUAAAGGGUGAGGACCACUUCGGAGUUGGCAGCAAGUUAUUUCGUGGCACCGUCCACAUAUACCCCACUGCCGGUCACGCAGGGAUGUGGAAUCGCUACCGAGCCCUUCGUCUCAUCAGUAACGAUAUCAUAGCUCGACUUUGCACCCCUCUCAUUCACGACGCCCACCCCACCGCAGCAUCAAUCCAACUCGAUGCAACCCUCCAACUCCAGAGCCUAGCGGAUGACCUGUCCCUGAGUAUACCGUACAUGCUCGGAUUGGUCGAGGUUGGUGCGAAGCAAGAUACCACCGUUCUGAAGAAAGUACCCAGCUCCUUGAAAAUUGCUGUCAAGGCCAGUACGGCGUCAUUCUUGGCGUGGCCCCUGGCGAUGGCGACCAUGGUUGUUGGGCUACCCAAUCAGCAUCGACUAUAUCUUAAAGAUCGCUUGCUGGACGUGAGUGAUAUUGCUGACGAUGGUGUGUUGGAGAAAAUCGCAGCUGGCUUUGCGCCCACAUGA